CCAAGGUUUGAGCACCCUCAGUUAAAUUAGUUGUGAUGUGAUGAGAGGUUGAUUUUGUAAGUGAAAAUAAGUCAAACACAUCCUCCUUAGAGAACAAACUAAAUCUGGAGUUUUUCUGCUAAUUCAGGUACAAAAUUGUACACUAAAUCGUUCUCUGUAAAGUAUGUGCUCACUAAUUUUCACUGAGAAAUCAAUGAAACAUGGAAUUUGACCAGGGUGCCCAAACUUUUGGCACAAUUUAUCAAAGGUCUCGAUGAUGCAUGAGAAUAAAGUGAUAUAGGGGAAUGUAAGUGAGCAGUAUCAGCUCCACACGUGUGCUGUGAUGGCCGUGUGCUCUGUCAGUGACAUUGAUCUCAGCAUCAGGCAGCAGAUCUGCUCUCUUUAAAGGGUCACCACUUUCCCAGAUUCACACAGUCCCUCUCCAUCACUCCCACUCCUCCACCUGCUCUCCUGAAACACAAACAUUGUCCCUAGCUAGAAAAUGACCCAACAUAUGGCAGCUGGACGUUCCUCAUUGUCUGUCCAAGCUCUACCAUUGGCUACAAACUGUGAGAACUUCCAACAAGCCCAAGACCCACACAUUCAUAUGGAGAUGUGGGAGUAUAAAUAGAGGAGACUCAGCCAGUGUAGAUCAGACUCACUCUACACAGAGAGAUCUACAGCACUGAGAUACAGCCAUGACUCCUGCAGUCACUUCAGCAAUGACCAUCUCAAAGGAGCACCUACCUCUCAACAACAAGUUGAGAAAGCCAGUGGUGGAGAAGAUGCGCAGAGAUCGUAUCAACAGCAGCAUUGAGCAGCUCAAGACUCUCGUGGCUCCAGAGUUCCUCAACCAGCAGCCCGACUCCAAGCUGGAGAAAGCAGACAUCCUGGAGAUGACGCUCAGCUUCCUGAGACGACAGCAGCAGCAGCAACAGCCUGAAUUCUCCACCAGUUCAACAGCUGUCAGUCAAGGCUUCUCCAGAUGUGUUCAUGAAGUUCUACACUUCCUAUCCAAGGAUGAUGUGAAGACACAGUCUCAGAGAAAACUGCUGAACCACUUCCAGAACCUGCAGCCAUCAACAGAAGAGAAAUGGAGGGAAAGUGAUCUCCCUCUGCUGAGCUCCACAGACCAACUGACCAUCAGCAAGGAGAAGAGUUCAGCUCAGAGCGCCCUCUGGAGGCCCUGGUAG